AUGGCGCCAAUUAAGCGCAAGGGGACUACCGGAGACGAUUCCGCCACAAAAAAUCAGAAGCGUGCUCGAGUCAGUUCGGACGCCGCCAAAGCAGAACAGAAAUCGAAGCCAGUCAAGGAUGCCUCAAAAGAGACAACCACCCGAAAACCAGAUACAGCGGUCUCCGUCCUUCGCGAUGAAGAGUCAUCGUUCCCUCGUGGAGGUGGAAGUGUUCUGACUCCACUUGAGCGCAAGCAAAUUCAGAUUCAAGCCACUAGAGAUGUUCUUUUCGAGCAGAAGCGAUCUGGUAAACCGGUCGGAGGAUUCGACGAUGAUACUUCAGACGCCGACGUCGAUAUGCAAGACGAAGGCGAAAAACCGGCUUCUACUAAGAAAUCCCGAAAGUCAAAGAACAAAAAGUCUCGAGACACUGAACAGAAGGCCAAGGAAGGAGUCCGAGUUGAAGGUCUCAGCUUCAAGCGUUUAACUAUAGGAACCAUGGUCCUCGGUCAAGUUACUAGCAUCAACUCCCAUGACAUCGGCUUAGCACUCCCCAACAAUCUGACAGGCUAUGUUCCUCUGACUGCGAUCUCGGAAGCAUUCGACAAGAAGAUUGAAAAGGUUCUGAAUGCGGAGGAUGAAGAUGAGGACUCAGACUCAGAAGAAGACUCUCUCGACCCAUCGGAUUAUUUCUACAUUGGACAAUAUCUGCGCGCCUACGUCACAUCGACUGGCAGUAGCUCCACAGACGCUGGUGCUGCCAAAAAUAAAAAGAAAAUUGAGCUCACACUUGACCCGAGGCAAACCAACUCAGGUUUGGCAGAGUCCGACCUCGUCGAAGGUGCCAUGGUUCAAGCUUCUGUCGCCAGUGUAGAAGACCACGGUUGUGUCAUGGAUAUCGGCUUCGGAAAGAAAAUGAAGGGCUUCAUGGCCUCAACGGAUGACUUGAAUAUCAAAGAAGGUGCCGUGCUUCUCUGUGUUGUUACCGGCGUCAAUGCUAGCCGAACAAUCUUCCAGCUUUCAUCCAAACUACAGACCGCAGCAUCGCCCAAGACUGUUCUCAAACUCGCACCAACAAUUCAAGCUUAUCUUCCUGGAACUACUGCUGAGGUGCUUCUGACAUCAGUCACAGAGACAGGAUUGGUUGGAAAGAUCAUGGGUCUACUAGAUGUCACAAUUGACUUUGUUCAUUCAGGAGCGAAUUCUGGGUCUGUUAAUCUUACCGACAAGUAUCAACUUGGUGCAAAGAUCAAGGCCAGAAUAACAUGCACUUUUCCUGCGGCCGAACCAUUCAAAGUUGGCGCCUCUAUACUGGAGAACGUAUUAGACUGGGAGCGUACACCAUCUACCCAGAAGAACUCCUCGCCCUCGAUUGGAACCAUUCUGGACGUCAAAGUCACUACAGUCGAGCCUGGUCUAGGUCUUUACGUAGCGUUCGGCUCUCUCAAGCAUCUUGGAUUCGUUCACAUUUCCAGGGUUACUGAUGGGAAUGUGGAGACAAUAUCACCAGAACAGGGCCCAUUCAAGACUGGCAGCAAACACAAAGCACGGAUCAUUGGUCACAACUCUGUGGAUAAUCUAUACUUGCUGUCUUUCGAGAAGAAAGUGAUUGAGCAGCCUUAUAUUCGACUUGAAGAUGUUCCCCUGGGUGAAGUCGUCAAAGGAAAGAUUGAGAAGUUGCUCAUCGGCCCAGAAGGAAUUGACGGCCUCAUCUUGUCAAUCGCAGAUGGUAUUUCUGGCUUAGUGCCAUCAAUGCAUUUUGCUGAUACAGUUUUGCAACACCCCGAGAAAAAGUUCCGCGAAGGCUUGACUGUAUCUGCCCGAGUACUAUCGGUCAACCUCGAAAAGCGACAGAUGCGUCUCACGUUGAAGAAGAGUCUGCUCAAUAGCGACUCUGCCAUCUGGAAGGACUACAACGACAUAGUUCCUGGUAAACAAUCCCCUGGAACACUGAUUAAUAUUCAACCAAAUGGCGCAACUGUUCAAUUCUACGGAACUGUCAGGGCUUUCCUGCCAGUCUCUGAAAUGAGUGAGGCAUAUAUAAAAGACCCAUCUCAACACUUCAGAAGGGGCCAAGUCGUCAACGUUCACGCAAUUAGUGUAGAUACCGCUGCGGAAAAACUCGUUGUUUCUUGCAAAGAUCCUUCAACAUCUUCUGAGGCUUACAGAGAGGCUUUUGGUGAAAUUCGUCCAGGAGUUCUAGUCACCGGUACCGUCUUCGAGAAAUCAAGCGACGACUUACUCUUGAAACUUGAUAAAUAUGGCGUGACAGCCCGACUUAACGCUGUUCACCUGGUUGAUGGUGACGCUGCGAAAGUUGCAUCCGCUUUUGCCAAGGUCCGAGUCGGUCAGAAGCUGUCAGAUCUGUUGGUUCUAGAAGCUAAAAGAGUUCACCGGUUGAUCAAAGUCACACACAAAUCAAGUCUCAGGAAGGCACUCAAAAAGAAUAGUCUUCCAGCGACGUUCGAAGAACUCGAGGUAGGCACAGAAGUAACCGGUUUCGUGAGAGGUACAACAUCCCACGGAAUCUUCGUGGAGUUCCUUGGUGGACUCAAUGGUCUUUUACCUAGACGUCUUGUCGACGACGAACACGCCAACAAGCCUGAUUUUGGUUUAUAUCCAUCUCAAUCGUUGACUGCAAUUGUUCAUCAGAUCGACGAGGACAACCAACGCUUCACGUUAACCAUGCGCCCGUUAGAGUUGCCUACAGCUAGCCGAAAAGAACAGUCGAAAGAAAAACCUCUUCCUGACGAUGAAAAUCUAGGCAACCCAGUCGACCAAAGCAUUCACACAGCCGCCGAUCUCACGGUCGGAAAAGUCACGAAAGCUAGGAUCGCAUCCGUCAAGGAUACACAAAUCAAUGUUGUACUAGCGGAUAAUCUUCAAGGGCGUAUUGACGUCUCGGAGGUUUUCGACAAAUGGGACGACAUCAAGGAUCGCAAGCAGCCUUUACAAAAAUUUCGCGUCAAGGAGGUCCUUCCUGUUCGUAUUCUCGGAUUGCACGACGCCCGCAGCCAUAGAUUCCUGCCAAUCAGCCACCGAACCAGCAAGCACCCUGUAUAUGAGUUGUCAGCAAAGCCUAGCUUCAUCACUGCAGCUGAACCCAAGCCACUGACUCUCGAGCAAGUCAAAGUUGGCUCAUCCAUGAUCGGUUUUGUCAACAAUAUUGCCGACGACUAUCUUUGGGUCAGCAUCUCACCCAAUGUUCGUGGCCGAGUGCGAGCUAUUGAUCUCAGUGACGAUCUUUCCACCUUGGCUGAUCUGGGAAGCAACUACCCGGUCGGAUCUGCUUUGAAAGUGCGUGUCACAGGUGUCGAUCUGGAUAAGGGUCACUUGGAUCUUUCCGUCAAGUCGGGGUCUGCCCGAGAGCUUUCGUUUGACAAGCUUUCGAAGGGCAUGAUUCUUCCUGGAAGAGUCACAAAGGUUACCGAUAAACAGAUCAUCAUGCAGCUUAGCGACACCCUGGUCGGAGCCGUCAACCUUACAGACAUGGCUGAUGAUUAUUCUAAAAUCGAUACAAGUAUCUACAAGAAAAACGAAAUCCUUCGUGCUUGCAUCGUCGACAUUGAAAAAUCGAAUAAGAAGAUAUUUUUGUCACUGCGUCCGUCCAAGAUUUUGAGCUCAACAUUGCCUGUGCGGGAUCGGGAGAUUACGUCCAUGGACCAGCUGAAGCCCAACGACGUCGUCAGGGGUUUCGUGCGCCGCGUUGCAGACAAUGGCCUCUUUGUGACUUUGGGCCAUAAUGUUUCGGCAUACGUCCGUAUCUCCGACUUGUCUGAUUCUUUCCUGAAGGAGUGGAAGGAUGAAUUUCAGACAGACCAGCUGGUCAAGGGUAAGGUCGUCCUAGUUGAUCUAGAGAACAAGAGGUUGCAGUUGAGUUUGAAAGAAUCUGUCUUAGAUCCAAACUACAAGACGCCAAUAACUAUUCGUGACCUGAAAGUUGGUCAAAUUGUCACAGGAAAAGUGAGAAAAGUAGAGGAUUUCGGUGCAUUCAUUGUAAUCGAUGGCUCUGCUAAUGUUAGCGGUCUCUGCCACCGUAGCCAAAUGGCUGAGCAGACUGUGGAGGACGCUAGAAAAUUAUUCGAGGCUGGGGAUAUCGUGAAGGCCAAGAUUUUGAAGAUUGAUUCAAAUCAAGAAAAGAUAUCUUUCGGUCUCAAGGCAUCCUACUUUGGGGAUGAAGAAGGCUCGGAUAGUGAAGAUGAUGAAGAUCUCUCAAUGGACGAGGCUGGAGGCGUUGAGCUUGACAGUGAUGAUGACAGCGCUGAAGAUAUGUCUAUGGGUGGUGUUAAUAUCGAAGACGGCAGUGAAGAUGAAUCCAAAUCAAGUGACGACGACGACGACGACGACGACGACGAUGAAAUUGCAUUAGCAACAAUUAAACGAACACAGAGCGACAAGGGAGGACUUGAUGUCGGCGGCUUCGAUUGGACAGGCGAUGCCGAACACUCAAGCACAUCGAAAAUCGCUGAUCGUCGAGCCGCUGGCGAAGAUGCCUCUGGCAAGAAGAAACGCAUCCGCAAGCCAGAGAUCCAAGUUGACCAAACUGGUGAUCUUGACGCUCGCGGUCCGCAAUCUGUAGCUGAUUAUGAACGACUCUUGCUCGGUGAGCCUGACUCUUCACUGUUGUGGCUUCAAUACAUGGCAUUCCAACUGGAACUCGGCGAGGUGGACAAAGCAAGAGGAAUCGGUCAACGUGCCAUUCGUUCAAUCAGUAUAGGUCAAGAUACAGAGAAGCUCAACAUUUGGGUGGCAUUGCUCAAUCUUGAAAACACAUAUGGCACGGAGGACAGCCUCGAAGAAGUUUUUAAGAACGCUUGCCAAUAUAACGAUACACAAGAGAUCUACGAGCGCUUGAUCAGCAUUUACAUUCAGUCCGGAAAGAACGAGAAAGCCGAUGAGCUGUUCCAAAMUGCGCUAAAGAAGAAAGUCUAUUCUGGACAAAAGUUCUUCAUCAACUACGCAACCUUCCUCUUCGAUACUUUGGCAAGCCCCGAGCGUGGCCGUGACCUUCUUCCACGAGCCAUGCAGUCCUUACCCUCCAAUACCCAUAUCGACACCACCUGCAAGUUCAUCCAACUCGAGUUCCGAUCGCCGAACGGUGACGUCGAGCGCGGCCGUACUCUUUUCGAAGGUCUUCUUUCCUCAUUUCCCAAGCGUACCGACCUGUGGAACAUCUUGCUUGAUCUAGAAAUCAAACAAGGCGACGCCGACCAAGUCCGAAGUGUCUUCCAGCGUGUUCUGGGUAUCAGCGCUAUCCCCAAGACACAGUCCAAGAAGAAGGGCGCCAUUCCUCUGCCCGCCUCAACAGAAACUCAGAAGAAGCUGAAGCCUAAGAAAGCCCGUUUCUUCUUCAAGAAGUGGCUCGAUUUCGAGGAGAAACUCGCCGCCACUGAUGAUGGCAAUGAGAAGAUGGUAGAGGAGGUCAAGGCUAGAGCAGCUGAUUAUGUGAACUCAUUGCAGGAGUAG